AUCAACUCGGUGCAGCUUGUCAUUGUAUCAAGGCAUUAUCAUUUUCCAAGGAAGAGAAAAAGAGAAAAAAGAGAGUGUAGGGAAGUGAUUGAAAAUGGAGAUCAAUCGUCAACAAGGUUUCUUAGAAGAGUUCCUAUCUCUAAGAAGAGAUAAUUUGGAAACUAUACCAAGUUUUCCAUCAGAAAUUGGUGAAAUGUUCUCUAAUGGAUGGAAUUUUAGUUGCUUUGACGAAUUUGAUGGUAUUAAUUCAGUCGCAAGUACACUGUUUGCUCCAAAUUCUUUUUAUCAGGAAUUCUCCUCUUCUCCACUUGAACAUCAAGAUUUCAGCCAUUACUACUUCAAUGAAGUUUCUUGUCCAUUUGGUGAUCCACCAUUCACAGAUGACUUCUCUGCUCCACAGUUUACUGAUUCUUCUUAUAACAAUCUUGAUACACCGCCAUUUCCUGUUCAAGAAGGUCACACUCCAAUGUCUUUAAUGGAGAAUGAUCAAGAAACGGGUUUGCUUCCAAAUCAUGUUCAGAUUUCCGAGAUGCAAGCAGCUUGUAAGUUUGAGCCAAGUCAAUCUCCUGAAGUACCUGUUUUCAGCAUUGGCGCUUGCCCAGAAAGAAAGAUUAGAAGUAAGAAAUUAGAAGGGCAACCGUCAAAGAAUCUAAUGGCUGAAAGAAGAAGAAGAAAGAGAUUAAAUGACCGGCUUGCUAUGCUAAGAUCAAUUGUUCCUAAGAUAAGCAAGAUGGAUAGAACAUCAAUUCUUGGAGAUACAAUAGAUUAUGUGAAGGAGUUAUUAGAGAGAAUCAAUAGCUUGCAACAAGAACUUGAAAUGGGCUCAAAUCAGUUGAACAUAUUGAAGGAUACAAAAGCAAGUGAAUUUAUAGUGAGAAACUCACCAAAAUUUCAUGUAGAAAGAAGAAAUGAAGAUACUCAGAUUGAGAUUUGUUGUGCAUCAAAGCCAGGGCUAUUGCUAUCAACAGUAACUGCAUUAGAAGCAUUAGGUCUUGAGAUUCAACAGUGUGUUAUUAGCUGCUUUAAUGACUUCUCAAUUCAGGCUUCUUGCUCAGAGGAACUGGAGCAGAGAAAAAUGACAAACUCUGAAGAUAUAAAGCAAGCAUUAUUUAGAAGUGCAGGAUAUGGAGGAAGAUGUCUGUAGAAUUAAAAAGAAUUGAGGGGGGAAAAAGAGAGAAACUUAUUUCACUGAGGUCGUUAAGUGAGGUUACAGUGGGGCAGCGUGGCUUCCAUUUUUCAAAUAAGUAGCUCAUAUGUAUUAAUUAUCUCCUCCAGUUGGAGAAAAUUUCAGUUCAAUUGCUUUUAAUGAGAGGAGAAUAAUUCUUUUGGCCA